AUGGCGAACGACGCUCUCAACACCAACUCCCGCGUUGGCCAGCGAGCCGACCUGGGCAUCUCUGCCCGGGCUUCGGACUGGUAUUUUGCCAUCUGUGCUAUCAUGGCGUUUUCCACUCUUGUUUUCCUGGGAAUGGGUUUCGCCAAGCGAGAGACGCACCGCAUCUUCCAUUACAUCACCGCCACCAUUACUUUCGUUGCUUGCAUAGCAUACUUCUCCAUGGGCGCCGGGCUGGGCCAGGUGCCCAUCCAGGUUGAGUUCCCCCGCGACAACAGCCAGGUUGGCGGCGCCGGCACACGCGAGAUUUACUAUGUGCGGUACAUCGAUUGGUUCAUCACCACGCCGCUGCUGCUUCUGGACUUGCUUCUCACCGCCGGCAUGCCCUGGCCUAGCAUCAUGAUUGCCCUCCUUGCGGAUGAGAUCAUGAUUGUUACGGGCCUAGUCGGUGCCCUCACAAGCACGAGCUACAAGUGGGGUUACUGGGUGUUUGGCAUGUUUGCCUUCUUCUAUGUCGUCUACGCCCUCGUGGUUGACGGACGAAAGCACGCUGGCGCACUCGGUGGACAGGUCAGCUCCACGUUUCGCAACUGCGGUGUUCUUACCAUCUUUUUGUGGUUCUUGUACCCCAUCGCGUGGGGCGUUGCCGAGGGAGGUAACCUGAUCCAUCCCGACUCUGAGGCUGUCUUCUAUGGUAUCCUGGACGUUCUUGCGAAGCCUGGUUUCGGUUUCCUCCUGCUUUGGGGACACAGGAACAUUGAUCCCACCGCUCUGGGACUUCACAUUCGCGAGCCUGGUGCGCCCAAGAACCGCCCUGUCGGCAGUCACGACGGAGACCACGGACAUAUCGGAGGUGCGGGACCUAGCAACGGCUUGUAA